AUGGCUUCCGAAACCAAGAUCAAGGUCAAGACCCCUGUGGUCGAGUUGGAUGGUGAUGAGAUGACUCGUAUUAUCUGGCAAGAAAUCAGAGAAAAGUUGAUUCUGCCUUACCUCGAUAUUGAUCUCAAGUACUACGAUUUGGGUAUUGAGUACCGUGAUGAGACCAAUGACCAGGUUACCAUUGAUGCCGCCGAGGCUAUCAAGCAGUACGGUGUUGGUGUCAAGUGCGCCACCAUCACCCCCGAUGAGGCCCGUGUUGAGGAGUUCAAAUUGAAGAAGAUGUGGCUCUCCCCCAACGGCACUAUCCGCAACAUCCUUGGCGGUACCGUGUUCCGUGAGCCCAUUGUCAUUCCCCGCAUUCCCCGCCUGGUCCCUGGCUGGACCAAGCCUAUUGUCAUUGGCCGCCACGCCUUCGGUGACCAGUACCGUGCCCAGGACCGUGUCAUCCCUGGCCCCGGUAAGCUCGAGUUGGUCUACACCCCUACCGGUGGUGAGCCCGAGCGCGUCCAGGUCUACGACUUCCAGGGUGGUGGUAUCACUCAGUGCCAGUACAACACCGAUGAGUCCAUCGCUGGCUUCGCCCACUCCUCCUUCAAGAUGGCUCUCAUGAAGGGUCUUCCCCUCUACAUGAGCACCAAGAACACUAUCCUCAAGAAGUACGAUGGCCGCUUCAAGGACAUCUUCGAGGACAUCUUCCAGAAGGAGUACAAGAAGGACUUCGAUGCUAAGGGCAUCUGGUACGAGCACCGUCUCAUUGACGACAUGGUCGCUCAGAUGAUCAAGUCCGAGGGUGGCUUCGUCAUGGCUCUUAAGAACUACGACGGUGAUGUCCAGUCCGAUAUCGUCGCCCAGGGCUUCGGCUCUCUCGGUCUGAUGACCUCCGCUCUGGCCACCCCCAACGGCGACGCCUACGAGUCCGAGGCCGCCCACGGAACCGUGACCCGUCACUACCGCGAGCACCAGAAGGGUAAGGAGACCUCCACCAACCCCAUCGCCUCUAUCUUCGCCUGGACCCGUGGUCUCGUCCAGCGUGGUGUCCUCGACAACACCCCCGAGGUUGUCUCCUUCGCUGAGGAGCUCGAGCGUGCCUGCGUUGACGUCGUCAACGAGGAGGCUAUCAUGACUAAGGAUCUGGCCCUCGCCUGUGGUCGCAAGGACCGCGAGGCUUGGGUUACCACUGGCGAGUACAUGGCUGCCGUUGAGCGGAGGCUGAAGGCCAACCUCAAGGCUCGCCUGUAG